AUGCACGCUGAAGGGGAGCAGUUUGUGAGGAAAAUCGGGGGAAUUUUUGCCUUUAAAGUGAAGGACGGGCCAAACGGACAGGAGGCCACGUGGAUCGUGGACGUGAAGAACGGUAAAGGCUGCGUUCACAACGACACAGACAAGAAAGCCGAUUGCACCAUCUCCAUGUCGGAUACAGACCUGCUGGCUUUGAUGACCGGGAAGAUGAACCCGCAGACGGCAUUUUUCCAGGGCAAACUGAAGAUCACAGGGAACAUGGGCCUGGCCAUGAAGCUCCAAAACCUCCAGCUGCAGCCGGGCAAAGCCAAGCUGUAGAGCAGAUGCUUGGUCCAGUCCUCAUCAACAUGGAGAGGUUGCUUCCACAGAAACAUUGGAGGCUGUAAGGAAUCAAUGCGGACGGACCGAUCCACUUUUUCUCUUGGGUGAUCUCACUGACCAAGCAGGGGAUUAGUCAGAGCCCCGCCUGUCUAACUGGGGAAUAGAUAGAUGGACAGAUCAUUAAUUUCCUAAUUGAGUUCCUGUCUGCGUGUUUUUUUAGUGUCAGUCUGCCAGAUCUCAGACGGCUGCUCCCUACUUUGCUACUAAUUGCAUUUCUGUCCAGAUUUUCUAACCCUCACCAAUGAUGAAUUGUAACUUUGCGUGCUCUAAAACUGGAGCUUAUGGACAAUAAGUUGCUCAACCAUGACUGCAGCUGUGUAAGUGCCUCCCUCAGUGUCUCUAAUCAAUGUUUGUAGUUAACCCCCCUAAACAGAGCAGUUUCUGACCAACAUUUUAUCUCUCUGGGCUGUAAUUUCCUGCAUUAUAUAAAUUUGUCAGAUUUCUUUGAAAUAAAGUUGUCUUUACUGAACAGUUU